GCCAUGACCAAUGCCAGUCAGUUGCAGAAGCGCGGGAACGACCGACGCUUAUAAAUUAAGUUUUUUUUAAUAAGUUUUUUUAAUCCGUCGCUAUGGCGUCAGCCGUGAUGAAGUUCAGUGCCAUAUUGUUUCUGGUUGCCGCGUGUGCUGCUGAUGUUUCCGAGCUCGUCGGCGACAAAUCCGCGCAGCCGGUGACGGAGGUGUGCCUCGGGUGCAUCUGCCAGGCCAUCUCGGGCUGCAAGCAAGCUCAAACGUGCGAGGGAGACACCUGCGGACUCUUCCGCAUCACCUGGGCGUACUGGUCGGACGCCGGCAAGCCUACCAUCAACAACCUCGCACCUGAUCACCCUGAUGCGUAUCGCAGCUGCGUUGUGGACCCGUACUGUGCUGCCCAGACCGUCCAGGGAUACAUGAGGAGAUUCGGACAGGAUUGCAACGGCGACGGCCAGGUGAACUGUUACGACCACAUGGCGAUCCACAAGAAGGGCGGGUACGGGUGCUCCGGCGACCUUCCUUUCGAGUACGUCAACGUCUUCAAUCAAUGCAUAGCCGCCGUCGCUGCCCACCAGGGAUGAAUAACGUAGUUUUAACUCCGCUUGUAAUAGCUAAGGAUAUAUGUACUGGUGCCUAAACCCAUAGGAAAAAAAUCUAGUGAUCUAAUCCACAUCCGUCAAAAUUCUACAUAAAAAAUCCACACAUGAUUUGCUGUGAACGCGAUAGCCGACUAUUUGUGGAUUUCCAUCAAAGGAGGCUCCUUAUGAUUCGUGUGCAAUAAAGACCUUACGAUCAGAAUUUCUGUUGGAAUUUCAGAUAAAAAGGUCCAUAUUGAACUUGAACGAUAAUAAGUGCUGUGAUGGAAAGCCACACUUACUUAGCAUGUCGAAUAAGGCCCCUAGCCCCUGCUUCACCACUUGUCAUCUGACAAUGAGAUUCCCCUCCUCCGACAGACGUGUAUCCCUAGCUAAUACGGGAAAUACCUCUUACCUACCCAUAAAGUAGUAAUUCCUAACAUCUGUUAAACACUAUUUUUGGUUCUUAUGUUAGAACACAAGAAGUGUACAAUUAAUUGGUAGCGUAUGUAGUCUUUAUGAGAUUAAUUUAAACUACAAGCGUUAGGCUACUUAAUUCAUUAUAUUUAAAGAUUUACGUACUUAAUUUUUAAAAUAAUAGAACACACUGUGCCAAAUGAAAUAAAAGUAAACAUAAACAGUUUUAACAUUUUCGACGCCGCGUCAAACACGAAAGUUGUCACUCGGACGCCACGUCACCGUCACAAGUGUCAAAACUAAAAUUGAACUUUAUGCACUAUGCACUAUGUUGCUCUGUGGUCUGUGACGGAUUAAUCCUUCGUUGCCGUUGAACCUGCGGUUCGGAUAUAUCCGUCAUUGGCGUCGAAUAGGUUAAUCUGAUACUUUAUGAGAUUAAUAUACGAGUUUGGUCGAAACACGCACGUAAUAAUAUUAUUUAUAUCAUAAAAAGUACCUACUUGAGUUGUUAAGGAACAAUAGUAAUUCCUUAUAAAUGGAUACAAAUAUGUAUCUACUAGUCUUUUCGGAUUGUUGUUAAGUUAAUUACAGAUUCUUGAUUUUAAUCCUAAAUGUGACUGCUCAAGACUUCGUAAUAAUAAAUAAUUUAGCUACA